AUGAAUUCCCAAAAUCGAAACUUAAAGUAAGAGUGGAAGGGAAUUUUUAAUAGAAGAGGAAGAUUUGCAAGAUUAGAAAUAAUUAUAAAAAGAGACAACAACCCUGAAUUAUUCAAACAUGUUAAAAUCAAAACUGAAGAUAGAUACACUCUCAAAAUGUAGUGCUUUCAGUCUAAUAAUAUCAAAGAAUAAUAUCAAAGAAUGAUAAUUAAUUUAAUUAGAAAAAAUAAUUGAUUUUUUAAGUGAAAGGAUAACGUAAACUUAAAUGAGCAGCAUUUUGAUCAGAUAAAUUAUAGAAUAUGAUAGAAAGAAAUAAAGAAAAAGAGGAACUUCAAGAAUAUUUAAAUGCAUAAGUUUUUAAUUUAUUUUGAAAUUAAUAACUUUUGUGGAGGAGGCUC